AAGCAGCAGCAGUCGUUAGCAUCGCACGACAACGCCGUCGCUCGCAUCGCAAACACCACGGCAGGCACGAGAUCGCCCUUUUUCCGCCGACAUCCGCCAUAAACUGAAGAUAUCGACAGUAGAUAUCCCCCAACUGUCAGGCAACACUGGGACGAAUUGACCCAGCAGGCCAGUCCAUUCUUGCGCAGACCGACUUUCACGACCUGCCCACACACGCACGCACACGCACUUGAUCACCCACACACCCCCAAAGUUUACGAAAGUCGCGGUCGCCCAAGGCCCGCACACAGCCGACACCAUGAAGCUCGUCAGGUUUCUUAUGAAGUGCGCGAACGAGACGGUGACGAUUGAGCUCAAGAAUGGCACCAUUGUCCACGGCACAAUCACCUCGGUGUCCCCGCAGAUGAACACGGCGCUCAAGACGGUCAAGAUGACGUCGCGCGGCCAGGACCCCAUCACCCUCGACACCAUGAACAUCCGCGGCUCCAUGAUCCGCUACUUCAUCCUGCCGGACUCGCUGCCGCUCGACACGCUGCUCAUCGACGACUCGGUCAAGCCCAAGAACAAGGCCCGCAAGGAGGUCGCCGACAAGGCCGGCGGUCGCGGCGGGCCACGGGGUCGCGGCAGGGGACGCGGCGGCGGCAGGGGUCGUGGCGGCGGUGGUUUCCGGGGCAGGCCGUAAAUCGAAUCAUGUUUGGUCAGAUUUUGAGAGGAGGCUUUGAGGUUUCGGCAAUGAACGUAAUUUUUCUGGAUUUGCUCAGAUGGAUGGAUGGAUGGAUGGAUGGAUGG